AAACACUGUAUUACUUUGGAGGAACAUCUUCUCAGGGACAUGUCCAGGACUCCACACUGUCACAAGUAUGGGUCUGUAUGCAGACUGCAAUGUUUCAGACCUGCUUUCAAAUCUGUCAGAGGUGGGGAAAGGUAUAGUGGAUAACAUUGCAGAGAGCAUCUACAGCAGCCAGUGCAGAGUUUGUUUGAUAAGUCGCUGGUAUCUACAUAGUGACUGGUGCAGUCUGGAGAUGCGAUUAGCCACCCACUGGCUGCUGGAAGAGCAGACACACCGUCUCAUCCUCAUCUUCCUUGAACACAUCUCUCCCUUUGAGCUCUCUGCUUUCCAUUGUUUGGCCAGACUGGUGAGAUCCCAUACAUAUCUGGACUGGCCAGAGGACAAAGGGGACAGAGUGCACUUCUGGGAUCAUCUAAGAAGGAACAUUGCAGAGGAAGACGAGGAUGCUUCUUGAGACUACAGAGUUAAACUAAAGUGCCUACCUGCCACAACCUCUUGAAUGAAUAAGGACGACAUCAUGUUGUCAGGGUGCAGUGAUAACACAAAUCCAUUAUACAUUUAUAAAAUGUGUAUUGAUACUGUACAUUAACCUGUUCAUUUAAAACUUAUUAACUAUAAGCUAAUCAUUUCUGUAUGA